AUGAAUAAAUUUUGGAAUUUCAUUUGCACUUUCUACAUAAUUUUGCACGUUUGUCUAGCAUUCAAGUUACAGAAUUAUUGCAAAAGAGGUGUUUUCUGUAGGAGAAAAGGGUACUCAGACGCGGUAACGAAAGGGUUCCCGCUUCAAUACAAAAAAGGAAAAGUAACGAAAAGUGAUGGUAGGAAUAUUGCAAGUGCAAACCAUAGACCAUUUCUCAAAAAUGAGUUGAAGAAAAACGUGAAGCUAUUUUACAAAAACAAAAAAGAACGAGAUAUACUCGAGUCGGGUUAUCUAUACCCUUUUGAUCACUUAGAAAAAAAAAAAAAAAAAUUUCCUCCAGAUCCAUACAGGUCAAGUGAUGAAGAUAGGGAAGAAGCGGAAGAAAAGGAGGAAAGCAUCAUUGACCUUUAUGAUGACAAAUUAAAUGAUAACGAUUUUCUCAGUUAUGAUGAAGAUGACGAUGCGAAGAAAAAUUUUGGAAAAACAACUUUCAACAUGCCGACUGGGGUGCACGACAAUGAGGAAGAGCAGGAAGAGAAGGAGGAGGAUGAAUCCAUCGAGGAGGGAGAUUAUCAAACAGAAAGAGAUAUUGCAGUGCCAUAUGAAGGGGAAGAAUCCCAUUCUGAGGAGAAAAGCACUACCUCGCAUGAUGGUACCAAGGAAGUCACGCUUGAAACAUCAACAACGGGUGCACAACACGAAUCAGCACAGAAAGAUCCAUACUCAAAUAAAAAAGAAAAGAGCACCACCAUUGAGUACAUUGCAAAAGGGAAAUCGGAACGCGAACGAGAAAUUGUAAAGAUCAAUUUAUACUCCUCAGAAGAAAAUAAAAUAAAAUGUGAAAUGAUGAAAGAUCAGUUGUAUUACUUAUUCCACGCGUCAAUGGACAGUGCAUUCAUUGAUUUUUUUGAAAUUCAAAUUGAAACGUUUAUCAUUCCGAUGGAGAAAAAUAUAUCCGUUUCACACAAUUUUGAAAAAAACAGUUACAAAGUCUUAGUGACAUGUGUAGGAGACCUAAUUGAUUUUUCGCAUCAUUUGCAAAAAUUACUGAACGAAAAGAUUAAAGCAGCAUAUAAUGAUAAAGAAAAUGAAGAAAUCACAUAUAUAAACAAACGUUUUAAGAAAAUACUUGAGAAAAGCAAAAAACAAAGGAUCAUCACGGAUGUUUCAAAAAAGAAUUUGCAGAUGAGUAUCGAAUCCUCUUUAAAGUUGAUAGAAAAAUGCACACAAAAAUUGUACACACAGAAUUAUGAAAUUACAUUACAUGAUUUAAAAUUAGCUUAUAAUAUGCUCCCGUGUAAAUAUUACGGAUAUUUCCUCUCGCAUAUAUGUUCAAGUAUAUCUAUGCUGUGCUAUUACACAAAUGAUAUACAAGGGACAUUUAAUUUUUCUUUAAAAUCAAUAAAGUACGAACCUAAGCAUGCAGCAGCAUGGAAAUGCUUAGGGGAUGCAUACAGAAGUUUUCGCAAAUUUUGGCAAGCAAAAAAUUUUUAUGACAUAGCAAUAUAUUUAGGGUAUAAAGAUGAUAAAGGAGAAAAUUUUGAAGAAAUAAAGGAAGAAUUAAAUAAAUUAACCACGAGUGCUUUAAAAAAUGUACAUUUAUUGAAAGAAAAUAUGAACAGUGCAAACAAUAUCAUAAUUAAAAAAAAUAUUGGAAUUGUGUUAAAUAAAAAUCCAGAUUCAAUUGGUGGUUGUUACGUGUCUUACAUAAUUGAAGAAGGAAAAGCUAGUAAAAAAAAUUUUCGUCAUGGAGAUCAAAUUGUUGCAUUGAAUAAUAUUGUCACGUAUGGAAAACCAAUUGAGUUCUGUCUAAAAGCAUUUCAAAAAAAUUUUGGCUCGUACGACAUCAUCUUUUUCAAGGGAAAUAUCAUUGAAUUAUAUGGCCUACCCGCUUACAAAUACUUAAUCGAAAAAAAUAUGUUUCACACCCUGUUUGAAAAUGAAAAAAUAACUUCCUUCAAGCGAAACGAGACGAUUCUCUUUGACUUACGCGGAUUUGGCACGUUUUCCGAGUAUGGCAUAUCUAAGGCGGAUAUUUGA